UUUUCUCUUUGUCCAUUUCUCACUGUUCAUUGGAUAGCGAACUUUUUUCGAACGAAGAGAGGGACCAGGGUUAAAAAAAAAAAAAAAAAGAAAAAAGGAAAAGAGAGAGAAAUCUAGGGUUUCGAAACCCUAGAUUUUUUUAUUCCCCCGCCCCAUCCCCCGAAUUUCCCUCCCAAUCCGAACCCCAAAUCCCUUCGUCUUGUUCAUCCUCCCCUCUCGGCGAGUCCGAUCGAUGGUGAAGGGGAGGAAGCUCCCGAGAUCCGAGUUUGGAGGGUAACGUCGACACGGAGACGAUCCAUGGAGGCCGUGGCCCCGAGGGCGGCCCCGUGCCCCUGCGCCUGCCCCUACUGCUGCUCCGGCCCCUCCGAAUGGCGCCGAUCCGUGAAGCGCAAGGCCGAGCCGGACGCGGCGGCGGGGGAGGUGGUGCGGGUGGAGGUGGAGAACGAGGUGGCGGCGCUCCGGGAGGCGGUGGCGGGGCAGCAGGAGACGAUCCAGCGGCUGUGCGCGGAGCUGGAGGAGGAGCGGAGCGCGUCGGCGUCGGCGGCGAGCGAGGCGAUGUCGAUGAUCCUGCGGCUGCAGCGGGAGAAGGCGGAGGCGCAGAUGGAGGGGCGGCAGUUCAAGCGCUUCGCGGAGGAGAAGAUGGCCCACGACCAGCAGGAGAUCGCCACCCUGGAGGACCUCCUCUUCAAGCGUGAUCACGCCAUCCAAUCCCUCUCCUCCCAAAUCGAAGCCUAUCGCUACCGCCUCCUCCGAGAGGGCAUCGCGAUCGCUCCGCCCGAUCUCGACGCCGAAUACGGCGACGUCCUCUUAACCCCCGACGCCGAUGCCGCUACCGCGAACCACCUGUUCGAAGACCUUAACUCUCCGUUCUAUGACUACCCUCCGCUCAGGUGCACCAUCCCCGGCGGCAGCGUCGGCGAUCGGGAUCGCAAGGAUGAUGAUGAGGGCGACCGCCUCGACGCGGCCAAUCUCGAGAAACCGGAGCCGGAAUCUUUACGGGAUUUGGAGCAGCGGAUCCUCCAGCUGGAGAAAGAAUCGCCGCACAGCAGCAUUGUGAUGGAGGAGAAGGGCGUCGUCGAGCAGUCGCUCGACGGCGAUACUAGGCAGGACUUCAGAAAGGUGGAGGAGUUCCCCGUGAUGGUGGACCGGCCGUCGGAUGAGCCAGGCGAUGAUGAUGAUGAUGAUGAUGUGAGCGAUCGGGUGUACACGAUUGAUACCGUGCAUAGUAAUCCGACCGCCGGGGUUUCGGAAGAGUACUCAGGAUCACCAACGGCGAAGGGGAAGGGAUGGGAGAAAGAAGGGGAGACUGAUAUAAAGAAGCUUUAUAUGAGGUUGGAGGUAUUAGAGGCUGAUAGGGAGUCAAUGAGACAGGCCAUCAUCUCGAUGAGGACGGAGAAGGCCCAGCUAGUGUUGCUUAAGGAGAUCGCUCAGCAGCUUUCGAAGGAGGUGAUACCGUCCCCGGAGAGGAGGAUUGUGAAGAAGAAAUCUUUCAUCGAGAGCUUCCCGAUCAUAGCAGUAUUUAAGUGGGUCUUUUCUUUUACAUUGUGGAGGAAGAAAGCACCUCGAUGUAGAUACCCUUGUGGCUUGUCGAAUAGCAAUGUCGGGUUACUGCUGCUUUUAGACAAGUCCAAUCAGGGGAGCCAGCGGAAGUUCCUCACACGAGCACGAGGAUGACUGUGUUAACUCGCUGUUUCUCUAUCUUCUGAAGCAGAUAAUACCAUUAAUAUAAAUCAAAAAAGGAUAUCCGUUCAGAGUGUGUCGUUGUAUUGGGAGAUGCAUUCAUUUUGUGGUUUGCAUUGUUUUCUUUUUCUCUUUUUCUUUUUCCACUUUUGUUUUUUAGGGGAUUAUGUUUCCGAUGGUAUUUGUUGAUCAUGCUUGGAGAGCUUUCUCAUGGUCUAUGAGAGGGUCAUAGCUUUUGUAUAGAUAAACAUUUGUUGUUAUUUGAUUCCUUUGAAUUUUAGGUAUUAGGAAACGAGUCAUGAAAAUUUGACUGUGUAAUAUAAAUUACUCCUGCACUCCAAUUGUAUUUUGUUUGUGAUCU